UGAGAAUGUGCAGGGCAAUUUAAUAGAAAUGUAAGUACACAGAAUGAUAAUUGUUUUCUUACAAAGACAGACAGCCAUACAUAAAUGGACAACCAUGACUGCCCGGAACCAUCGUUGCAUAUGUUGUUUCCACCCGGAGUCAUGAGAAGCAAGCACCGCAAGCAUGUUGUGAACUCUGGAAGUGUCCAUGCUGAAAUAUCCGAUAAUAAUCCUUGGAUAUUUUGGUGUUAAAUCCAUAAAAAGAGUCAAUGUAACCGGAAGAAUAGUCUGGGACUUAACAACAACAAUUACAGCCGUAUUUCUGACUGCACCUAUCAGUCAUCAUGGGACUCAAGCGACAGAAAAUAGCCAAGAAAACCAUAAGCUUCUACAAAUACAACUUCAGCUUCAGACAACCAUUUCAGAUCCUCAUCGAUGGGACUUUUUGUCAGAUGGCUUUAAAGAACAAAAUUCAGAUCAAAGAGCAAAUGCCCAAAUACCUGAUGGGAGAAGUGCAGCUGUGCACCACAAACUGUGCACUGAAAGAACUGGAGACUCUGGGGAAAGAGCUGUAUGGAGCAAGAAUCAUCCUGCAGAAGUUUCAGUCCAGGAGAUGUGCACAUCUUAAGGAUCCUGUCCCGGCUUCAGAGUGUCUGCUGUCCAUGCUGGGGGAGACAAACCCACACAACUAUUUUGUUGCCACACAGGACCACACCGUCACUGCAGGUGUGAAGAAGAUCCCAGGCGUUCCUCUGCUCUACAUCAUCCUCAACACCAUCGUGCUGGACAAGCCCUGCCAGACGUCCCUUGAUCACGUGAAGGCCGUCUCGCUGGGAGAGAUGGUCAGCGUGGCGCAGCAGCAAAGCAUCCGCAGCCUGAAGGAGGACAAGGGCAUCGCACAGAAGGACGGAGAGAGGCGGGGGAAGAAGAGGAAGAGGAAACAGAGCAAUCCUAACCCUCUGAGCUGCCUGAAGAAAAAGAAGAAAGGGGGGCCGACACCACCGAAGAACGCGGAGCAGGGGGAAAAGAAGAAAAUAGUUAAAAACAAGAAACAAAAGACGGAGGGAGGAGACAACUUGCCAGCUCCUGUGGUUACAAACGCAUAGAGACAAGACAUAGACUUUAUCCAUUCGUUUCUUUAAUUCAUUAUAUGAAAAGUUCCACAAUCUCAAAUAUAUGAUACUUGCUCUCGUGUGUUUUACCGAUGUUAUUAGAAUAAAGCAAUGUUUUUCACAUAACAUUUUAAAAUACUGUUCACGGUAUGUUUUCUACUUUGAAAAAUGUUGCAACAGUUUCAAGACUAAGGACUCACAGGCAGAGGACUGAUAUAUGUUCAGAAACAUAGCAGUAUUUUUGAGUCAUGGAAGAUUUGUCUUGGUUUUUUUACAAAAUAAAAAAGCAGGUUUACAGGCACAUAGUUUAGAAUAUAACAUACUCGGACAUUACAUCAUAAGGUUGAAAUAGAAGUAGAUAUCAAAAACUGUUGUCACAA